AGUCAUCCUUCCACAAUGAGCCUCACUGCCAAAGACAAAGCUGCCGUCAAAGACCUCUGGGCCAAGGUCUCAGGAAAGUCUGAUGACAUUGGUCACGAUGCUCUUUCUAGGAUGCUGGUGGUUUAUCCCCAGACCAAAACCUACUUUUCUCACUGGAAGGACCUGAGCCCCGGUUCAGCCCCCGUGAGGAAUCACGGAAAGGUUGUAAUGUCUGGCGUUGCCCAGGCUGUCGAGAAAAUCGAUGACCUGACUGCCGGACUCCUGAGCCUCAGUGAGCUUCAUGCUUUCCAGCUUCGUGUUGAUCCUGCCAACUUCAAGAUUUUGUCCCACAACAUACUCGUGGUUUUGGCCCUCUUGUUCCCCACUGAAUUCACCCCUGAUGCUCAUGUGGCUAUGGACAAGUUCCUCUCUGCCCUGGCUCUGGCUCUGUCCGAAAAGUACCGAUAAGCACUUUAUAGUGUGUUCACAUCAGACGCGUCAGACGAAUGCCAGCAUGAAUGUUCUGUCUUUCUGUGAUGCA